CCCUUUGAAGCUCUUCACACACACACAAACACACUCUCUCUCUCUCUCUCUCUCUCUCUCUCUACAAUGCACUCCACAGUUUAUCUCUCUACAUCUCACUCUCACUCCUCUCCAGCCAUUAUUGCCCGAUCAAACCACGCAUUCGAACUCUGCUAUAUCACUCCCUCUCACAAGCCUCUGAACCUCCGGUUCUGCGGGCUUAGAAGAGAGGCUAUAGGGUUUUCUCAGCUCAAACGGUCCGAAUCUCAACGAAUCCUUAUUUCGAUCCGGAGACAAUCGAAGAAGCUCUCGGCUUCGUUGUCUGACAAUGGAACUGCUCCGAAGUCGUUUGAUUACGAUCUCGUCAUCAUCGGAGCUGGGGUCGGAGGCCACGGAGCUGCUUUGCAUGCUGUGGAGAAGGGUCUCAGAACAGCUAUCAUUGAGGGAGAUGUCAUAGGGGGAACAUGUGUAAACAGAGGCUGUGUUCCGUCUAAAGCUCUUCUUGCUGUAAGUGGUCGGAUACGUGAACUUCAGAACGAUCAUCACUUAAAGGCUUUGGGGUUGCAGGUUUCAGCCGCUGGCUAUGACAGACAGGGAGUGGCUGAUCAUGCAAAUAAUCUUGCUUCAAAAAUUCGUAGUAAUUUGACCAAUUCAUUGAAGGCACUUGGUGUGGACAUAUUGACAGGUGUUGGCACAAUACUGGGUCCGCAAAAGGUGAAAUAUGGAAAAGUUGGCUUUUCUGACAAUGUGGUAACCGCAAAAGAUAUAAUUAUUGCUACUGGUUCCGUCCCUUUUGUCCCUAAAGGCAUUGAAGUUGAUGGGAAGACUGUAAUUACCAGUGAUCAUGCUCUUAAAUUGGAGUUCGUUCCUGAAUGGAUAGCUAUUGUAGGAAGUGGUUAUAUUGGGCUUGAAUUCAGUGAUGUUUAUACAGCACUUGGAAGUGAGGUUACUUUCAUUGAAGCUCUAGAUCAACUUAUGCCUGGAUUUGAUCCUGAAAUUGGAAAGUUAGCCCAAAGAGUCCUGAUAAAUCCAAGGAAAAUUGACUAUCACACUGGAGUGUUUGCUUCCAAGAUCACUCCAGCAAUGGAUGGGAAACCAGUCACUAUUGAGCUUAUUGAUGCCAAGACAAAAGAACCGAAAGAUACCUUGGAGGUAGAUGCGGCAUUAAUUGCAACUGGAAGGGCUCCAUUUACAAAAGGUCUUGGACUGGAGAAUAUCAAUGUAGUGACACAACGGGGUUUUGUUCCAGUAGAUGAGCGUAUGCAAGUUAUUGACGCAAAUGGCAAUCUGGUUCCUCACUUGUAUUGUAUUGGUGAUGCAAAUGGGAAAAUGAUGCUUGCUCAUGCUGCCAGUGCACAAGGGAUUUCUGUUGUUGAACAAGUCAGUGGAAAAGAUCACGUGCCCAACCAUUUGAGCAUUCCAGCAGCUUGUUUCACUCACCCAGAAAUUAGUAUGGUUGGACUCACAGAGCCUCAAGCAAGGGAAAAAGCUGAAAUAGAGGGGUUUGAGAUAAGUGUUGCCAAGACAAGUUUUAAGGCUAACACAAAGGCUCUAGCAGAAAACGAAGGGGAGGGACUGGCUAAGUUAAUAUACAGACCUGACAACGGGGAGAUACUUGGAGUUCAUAUUUUUGGGUUGCAUGCUGCAGACCUUAUCCAUGAAGCAUCCAAUGCCAUAGCAUUGGGGACACGUAUCCAGGACAUAAAAUUUGCAGUGCAUGCUCAUCCAACAUUGUCUGAAGUUCUGGACGAACUCUUUAAAUCAGCCAAGUCUCUCUAAGCAGGUAAAUGCACAAGUCUCUAGUCCAAUUAGUGAAUCAGUUGCAGUCUAAAAGCUUUUCAACACUCUGAUGUAAAUUUUUUGGAGUAGUUUGUUCGUAUCAGCAAGUUUCACAAGACAACACGUUUCCCCUGAUGGAAAAGAAUCAACAGAUCUGCCAUUGAGUGAGAAUAAACAAAUUACUUAGAGAACUUGCCUUCUCAAUGAUAGUAGUGCCUGACAUUGUUUUCCAAAGCCUUAGGGAUGUGCAAUUGUUUUCAUGUGGUAAAUCAUUUUCCAAAUUUAGUGUUGGAUAAAACUUUGCUGCACAGAAGAGGCCCUAUCGUUAUUACUGUUAUUAUUCAAGGAAGUUAUUAUUGAGUGAUGUUUUCACUGUUUUUUUCAAUGGCAGUGAUGCUUUCACUGUUAA